AUGUCCGGUCAUCUUGUUAAAGAAAUCACUGAAAAGAAAUUAUACGAAGAAAUCGAAAGAAUUCUUAAAAUGAGAAACAAAUCAGUCCUGAAUAACUCAAUAAUUAGAAAACUUGAAGCAAUUUUACAGUCAGAUUAUUCAGUAAUAACUUCAAAAAUAAUCGUGGAGACGGAAGUUGAAGACAAUGAAAAUAACAGAGGAUGCAAGGACAUACAUUGUAGAAUGUAUUUCACAGUUCUUCGAGCUUUCAGAAAUUCCUUUCCCGACAUAAAAUACGAAUGGAUUGAAAAAUACGUUAGAUCAAUAAAAGAUGCUACUGAAAUGUUAGAUAUUGAAAUAUCUGGUCAACCAUUUAAUUCUACCAAAAAACGCACAGUUAGGGAUGCAAAAAAACUUCUUCUGAUACCUGUUUGUCAAACAAUUUUGAUUGUUCAAUUAAAGAUGCAAAACAACAUAGAACAUAUUGCAUUCAAACAAUUGGUGAUAGCUGAAAAUAAUGGUGAAGAUUUACGGGAAUGA